CUCUGUGAGCCUGUGUUUAUUGUUAGGGAUGGUCCCUUUUGAAUUGUGACCAAACUAUUAAAAUGAUUACAUAUUUGUGUGUUUUCCUUUUUAAACUGGGAGGGAGCACUGUCAUAUUAGCCAUUCUGAAUAUCCAGAAAGCCUUUAGGGAUCCCUUUGCAUUCCUGAUUACCUGCUAUCGCUUGGGAAGGCUGCCUUAAAAUGCGCUUACAUCACUCAGGCACCAGAUCCUUAGUGGAAAAGAGGCUGCCUCCGGGUGCCGGUGGCCGUCGGGGCCAGAGGAGACUAGUCCACCUGCCAGCGGUCUAGAGAGGAUAGAGAGAUAGUGAGAAGCGAAUACUGAAGAAUAGUAUCUCAAGAUGAGUAAAAAGCCCCCAAAUCGUCCUGGAAUCACUUUUGAGAUUGGGGCUCGGUUGGAGGCACUGGACUACUUACAAAAAUGGUAUCCAUCACGCAUUGAAAAAAUCGACUAUGAGGAGGGCAAGAUGUUGGUCCAUUUUGAGCGCUGGAGUCAUCGCUAUGACGAGUGGAUUUACUGGGAUAGCAAUAGACUGCGGCCCCUGGAGAGGCCCUCGCUGAGAAAGGAAGGCCUGAAGGAUGAGGAGGAUUUCUUUGAUUUUAAAGCCGGAGAAGAAGUUCUGGCUCGGUGGACAGACUGUCGCUAUUACCCUGCCAAGAUCGAAGCAAUUAACAAAGAAGGGACAUUCACAGUUCAGUUUUAUGAUGGAGUAAUUCGUUGUUUAAAAAGGAUGCACAUUAAAGCCAUGCCUGAGGAUGCUAAGGGGCAGUUUCUGUUCCAGGUGAAAUCCCAGCAUCCACUAAGCUGGUGUUGUCCUAUCGACCCAGCUGGAUCGUGUAACCAGUCUAUGGGAAGUGAGGAUUGGAUAGCUUUAGUCAAAGCAGCUGCUGCAGCCGCAGCCAAGAAUAAAACAGGGAACAAACCUCGAACGAGCGCUAACAGCAGUAAAGAGAAAGAGAAGGAUGAGCGGAAAUGGUUUAAAGUUCCUUCAAAGAAGGAAGAAACUCCAGCUUCUGUAGCCACUCCAGAAGUUGAGAAGAAGGAAGAUCUGCCCACGUCUAGUGAUACAUUUGUAGGACUUCAUGUGGAGAACGUUCCAAAGAUGGUCUUUCCACAGCCAGAGAGCACAUUGUCAAACAAGAGGAAAAGUAAUCAAGGCAACUCGUUUCAGGCAAAGAGAGCUCGGCUUAACAAGAUCACUGGUUUGUUGGCAUCCAAAGCUGUUGGGGUGGAUGGUGCUGAAAAAAAGGAAGACUACAGUGAAACGGCUCCAAUGCUGGAGCAGGCGAUUUCACCUAAACCUCAAAGUCAGAAAAAAAAUGAAGCUGACAUUAUCAGUUCUGCCAACACUCAGAAACCUGCACUGUUAUCCUCAACCUUGUCUUCAGGGAAGGCUCGCAGCAAGAAAUGCAAACAUGAAUCUGGAGAUCCUUCUGGGUGUCUAAAGCCCCCUAAAUCACCACUUCCCCCAGAGUUAACCCAAGUCGAGGAUCUGACGCUUGUAUCUCAGCUCUCUUCUUCAGUGAUAAAUAAAACUAGUUCUCCACAGUGUGUGAGCCCCCCUAGGCCUUCCAAGCAUAGCGAGCGGAGGAGAAGAUCGCAGCGCUUGGCCACCUUGCCCGUGCCUGAUGGUUCAGGAGAAAAGGUGUCUCCUCCCGCUCCAGCCACUGAUGGCAGAGUCGUCUCCGUCAGUGCUCAGAGUCAGCAGGCGACCUCAGUACCAGAGGUGCCUGAUGUUGCACAUUUGUCACUUGAGAAGCUGGGACCCUGUCUCCCUCUUGACUUAAGUCGUGGUUUGGAAGUCACAGCACCGCUAGCUCCAGAUCCCUCUUACCAUAAUGAGUGUGCCAGGGCAGACAAGGAAGAUACGCAGAUGCUCACAAAUCCUUCUUCCAAAGCAGUACCUGAUGGAAGAGGAGCCCCGACAGCCUCAGGAAUAUCGAAAACAGAAAAAAAAGUGAAAUUGGAAGAAAAAAGCUCCACAGCAUUUGGUAAGAGAAAAGAAAAGGAUAAAGAAAGGAGAGAGAAGAGAGACAAAGAUCACUACAAACCAAAACAGAAGAAGAAGAAGAAAAAGAAAAAGAAAUCUAAGCAGCAUGACUAUUCAGACUAUGAAGACAGCUCCCUAGAAUUUCUAGAAAGGUGCUGCUCCCCGCUGACUCGGCCUUCGGGGCCCUCCCUGGCUCUGCGCAGCAUGUUUACGGAGAAGAACACCACGUAUCAGUACCCCAGGGCGAUUCUGUCAGUGGAUCUCAGCGGUGAAAACUUGACCGACGUGGAGUUCCUAGAUGACUCUUCCACAGAGAGCUUGCUUCUGAGUGGGGAUGAGUACAAUCAGGACUUCGACUCCACCAACUUUGAGGAAUCUCAGGAUGAAGACGAUGCUCUUAAUGAAAUCGUGCGAUGCAUUUGUGAAAUGGACGAGGAGAAUGGCUUCAUGAUCCAGUGUGAUGAGUGUCUGUGCUGGCAGCACAGCGUGUGCCUGGGGCUGCUGGAGGAGAGCAUCCCGGAGCAGUACACCUGCUACGUCUGCCGCGACCCUCCCGGGCAGAGGUGGAGCGCCAAGUACCGCCACGACAAGGACUGGCUGAACAAUGGGAGGAUGUGCGGGCUGUCGUUCGUGAAGGAGAAUUAUUCUCACCUUAAUGCCAAAAAGAUCGUGUCCACACACCACCUGCUUGCUGACGUCUACGGUGUCACGGAGGUCCUGCACGGCCUGCAGCUGAAGAUCGGCAUCCUCAAGAAUAAACACCAUCCUGACCUUCAUCUCUGGGCCUGUUCUGGGAAGCGGAAAGACCAAGAUCAAGUCGUUGCAGGGGCAGAGAAAAAAGUAAUAGUGCAAGACACAGUUACUCCUGAAGAAAAGAAACACCACGUGCAGAACCACAAGGAGCCACCCCGGGCGCCCCCGAAAGUGGAAGGAACCUACAUAACCAGCGAGCACAGCUACCAGAAGCCGCCGAGCUCCGGCCCGGACUGCAGAGCUCUUGCGGACCCCGGGAGCUCCGAGGAGGAUGAGGUCAGCAGUUGUGAGGAAGAACAGGAACUGUACCUGAGGGAGAGACGCCGUGCGCAGUGCCCGGGGAGAGAAGAUGGGGCGCCUGCACAGAAUCCAGCUGAAAAGAAUAUGGUAUUUGUUUAUAAUGAUAAAAAGGGCUCUGAAGACCCAGGAGACGCACAUCUGCAGUGGCAGCUCAACCUCCUUACGCACAUCGAGAACGUGCAGAAUGAAGUCACCAGCAGGAUGGAUCUCAUAGAAAAAGAAGUUGAUGUUCUGGAGAGCUGGCUGGAUUUCACAGGGGAGCUGGAGCCGCCCGACCCUCUCACAAGAUUGCCCCAACUGAAGCGCCACCUCAAGCAGCUGCUGAUGGACAUGGGCAAGGUGCAGCAGAUAGCCACGCUGUGCUCCGUAUGACGCUGCGCUCCCUGUGACCGCCAAGCCUGGGGGAGAGGGCGGGGCGCUCUCCAGUGGGGUGGUGUUCACUGCCCACGUGGCUGCUGGGUAGAUAGUAACAGCGCAGGGCUGUUUGGUCACUUCCUGAUUUGUGACAUCAUAGCCUGGCACCUUGAAAAGGGACUGGAGAACAACUUUAUCAAGGAUGCUAAUGUGAAAAUCAAUUUAUGAGCAAGCUACAAUGAUAUUGCCAAGAUCAGUGGAAGUGGAAUGGGCUCUACUGAGGGAAUUGAAUGGGCAGGGUUUUUGAGUAGUUGAUUACAUAAAACUCAAGACACCGUAGAAAGAGAUAUGGUGUAUCUAUAUAGUUUACAGUAGGAAGAUCUUUGUUUAUAAACCAGCAUUUGGCCAAAAAAAAAAAAAAAUGUAGAGGAAACCCAAGUUCUGUAAGUUGCCGUGAGAGCUGUCUUCUCUGCAGUUGACCCAGCUGCCUGGAAACAGAGUGUUUCUACUUUUAAGGAUCAUGAGCUGUUUCUUAGGUGAGGAAUGCCCUUGAUCGGAAAACUGACGGGAGGACAGGUGUGGAGUUCGCACCUCACUCCAAUGGACUUCUAAAGGCAAACACCAGGGAACUGGAGUUUAUUGCGGGCACUAAGCUCAUUGAAAACAAAAGGGUUGCAGAAGGGUCCGUGUGCCAAAUGCGGAUGAUGAGGCUGCAAGGAGGAUUUUAGGUGUCAUGGGGGUUGCCCCCCAAGUCUUACAGGUGCCAUCAGGCCUUCGGAAGCGUGCAUGCCACUGCCCUGUCUGUGACACAUACAGGCGAUUGCAGCGUGCAGGCUUCGCACCGACUCAUCCGACUGCUCAGUGUUUCCUUCAGAAAAGCAACGGGAAUACCCUCAGCGGGACGAGGCAGGGAGCGACCGGACGGCCUGGCAGGGGCUCCCGACUGCUGGUAGUGGGAUCCUGGAGAAGCUGCGUUUCUGAAGAUGAAUUUUAUUUUUAAAAAACACAUGCGCACUCAGAACUUUUCACUUUGAUCACAGAUGGACCCGUUUCGGAAACCAAAGGCAACUAAGUUGCUGUGUCAGCUCUUGCUGGGCUCCGAGCCCGGUCCCGCCUGCAGUGCUCUGUGCGCCUGCACUUGCUCGCGCAGGGAUGCGGCCGCGUGGACGCUUGUUUGAAGAAAACCCUCGGCGUACAUAUGUACAUAGCCCACACAUAUUUAUAUCUACGCAUAUCUAGUUUUAUUACCAUAGACUAUAAGGAUUGGUGGUUAACAUGAAAUGUUACCUUUUAACAGACUGUUUUUAAAAAUUAAAUAUGUAUGUACAGGUUUUGAAACUCUUUUAAAAAGGGGGGGAAAGGCUGUUCAGAGGAGGCUGUUUGAUGACAUGACACUUGAAUAUUUUAUGCCUUGUUCUGUGGAUCAGUUCUCGCGGUCUGUAUACGUGCAUUCAGAACUGAGAGACAGGAAACUUGAAUUUAUCUUUGAUAAGAAUUCAUGCCACUGUACAUUCAGAUGUUAUUUAAAUUUGCAAACACACUGUUCUAUAUGUAAGGUACUGUAUGUAAAACACUUUAUUAAAACGAUUCCACAUA